AUGGUCAAGGUCAGAAUUUCAGUUCUUAUUGCUUUCAUAAUUACAUUGAUAUUAGCUGGUUACCUCGGGUUUUCACUGAUACAAUUGAUUCACGAUAAACUAAUUCAUUUCAUCAUAUUUUGCAUUUUAACAAUAGAAUUUUAUUUCAUAUUCGAUACACAAUUUAAAUCAUUAAAAUUAGUUCGAUAUUUAACAUUUUUUAUAUGUACUAUAGGAGGUAGUAUAAGUCUGGAAAUUAUUCAAAAUUUAAUAAAUAAAGAUCGAAUAUUUGAUCCAAUUGAUAUUUUAUCAAAUGUUUUAGGUAGUUUAUUAGGUUUAAUUUUAUCUAUAUUAUAUCAAAAUUAUCGUAAAAGUUUAGCUAAAAAGGAAAGGUUAAAAUAUCAUAAAUUAAUGAAUAAUAGUUCAAAUGGAGUAGAAGAAAAUGCUGUAUUGAAUGAUCAAGAAGAUGAAUUAGAUUUGGGUAAUAGUGGUAGAACUACUCCAAGUGAUUACGUAAAUAUACAAUUGAAAGAUGUUUAA